CAUCUUUACAAAUACUACUAUUUGCUUUUGUUAAUUAGUGAUCUUUAGUGGAGUUCUGUUAUAAAGAUAUGUGCUUUUUCUUCAAGAUUGGAUUUUUUCUGUGUUCCUGAUUCUUUAUUAGUUGUAUAUACGUUCUUUUAAUUGUUAUAAUCAACUGAUCAAUCUAAUAUGUGAACAUUAGCAGCAUGCUGUAUUCAGCUAUUUACCACCAAACAGUUGGGAUCAAAUAUCACGUAAUUUAGUUGAUUUCGAUAGAUGAAUAUUCAAGAGAGGACAGGAUAAUCUGUGAAGUUUUGGGUAUUAGCUGCUAAUUCUGUUCAGAUUUCUUGAAAUUUUUUACUUGGUUUACUUUUUGGAGGAGUGUUGUUCUUGUCAAGAUGAUGAUGUUUGAGGAAAUGGGAUUCUGUGGGGAUCUUGAUUUCUUUCCUGCUCCGCUAAAGGAAGUGGAAGUGGCUGCCCCACGCGCUGAGCCGGAGCCGGCGAUGGAUGAUGAUUAUAGUGACGAGGAUAUUGAUGUGGAUGAGCUUGAGAAGAGAGUGUGGAGGGACAAGAUGAAGCUGAAAAGGCUGAAAGAAAUGAGUCAUCAGGGGAAGGAAGAUACUGAUUCUACGAAACGCCGCCAGUCGCAGGAGCAGGCGAGGAGGAAGAAGAUGUCGAGGGCACAGGAUGGGAUCUUGAAGUACAUGUUGAAAAUGAUGGAAGUAUGUGAAGCUCAGGGUUUUGUUUAUGGUAUCAUUCCGGAGAAAGGCAAGCCGGUCGGUGGGGCAUCUGAUAAUCUUAGGGAGUGGUGGAAGGAUAAAGUGAGGUUUGAUCGCAAUGGCCCAGCGGCCAUAGCCAAAUACCAAGCUGAUCAUGCUUUCCCGGGCAAUAAUGAGGUAUUGAAUCCCGUUGGUCCGACCCCUCACACCUUGCAGGAGCUGCAAGAUACGACCCUGGGUUCAUUAUUAUCAGCUUUGAUGCAGCACUGUGAUCCUCCUCAGAGAAGAUUUCCAUUGGAGAAAGGCGUUUCACCCCCGUGGUGGCCUACGGGCCAGGAGGAUUGGUGGCCUCAAUUGGGUUUGCAGAAGGACCAAGGUCCUCCGCCUUAUAAAAAGCCUCAUGAUCUGAAGAAGGCGUGGAAGGUUGGUGUCCUCACAGCGGUGAUCAAGCACAUAUUCCCUGAUAUUGCUAAAAUCCGCAAACUUGUAAGACAGUCGAAGUGCUUGCAGGAUAAGAUGACAGCCAAAGAAAGUGUGACUUGGCUUGCUAUCAUCGAUCAGGAGGAAGCUUUGGCUCGAGAACUAUACCCUGAUCGAUGUCCACCUUUGUCCUCAGCUGCUAGUAGUGGAAAUUUCAUGUUGAAUGACAGCAGUGAGUACGAUGUUGGAGGUGCUCAAGAAGAGUCUAACUUUGAUGUUCAAGAGCAAAAACCACACCAUCUCGGUUUGUUGAAUGUCGGUGUUGAGAGAUUCAAUGAGAGGCUGCCUUCGCAACAACAGUCUCAUCCAAUCAAGGAUGAAAUGAUCACCAGCUUAGAUUUCACCAGGAAGAGGAAGCAAUCCAAUGAACAGAUUGUUACGAUGGAUCAAAAGACCUAUACAUGUGAGUGUCUUCAAUGUCCUUACAGUGAACUUCGCCAUGGUUUUCAGGACAGAUCUGCGAGAGACAAUCAUCAAUUAGCUUGCCCUUUUAGAAAUACUUCUCAUUUUGGAGUUUCAAACUUUCAUGUCAAUGAAGUCAAGCCAGUUGUCUUUCCUCAACAAUAUGUCCAGUCAAAGUCAGCUGCCAUGCCUGUUAAUCCAAGUCCACCUCCCUUUGAUCUAUUUGGAGUAGGAGUUCCUGAAGAUGGGCAAAGGAUGAUUGAUGACCUGAUGUCAUUCUAUGAUAGUAAUGUACAAGGAAACAAAAGCCAAAAUACGGCGAAUGUUGCACUGACCAAAGGUCAGCCUCAUCAACAAUCUCGGGUUGACCAGGACAAUUACCUACACGGCCAAGGGAUGAUGGAGGGGAAUAUCUUCAAAGACAUUAAUGUUUCUGCAAGUCAUUCUAUGCUGCCACAAGGCAAUCUUGUUGAUCAAUGUAAGGCCCUAAAUUCAAGUGACAAUUUUCAUUUCAUGUUUGGGCCUCCGUUCAACUUACAGUCCCCCGAUUACACCGGAAAUCUGCCUGGCAUUGGAUGUGAUACCACACCGAAGCAAGAUAUUCCAAUUUGGUACUAGCCAGGAGAUUGGUCAAACGUAUAUAGUCAGUUGGGGCUUUAUAGAUAUAGCUGGAAGAUCCCAAUAUAAUUGGUCUGCAUUUUUAUUGCUUACAACUCUUCGUCAUGGUAUUUCUGGUUACCAUACGUUGUAGAGGUUGAAAGCUAGGCAGCAUGGUGUAACAGAAGAGGAGGAAGAUAUACCCUCAAAUAUUAGCCAUGCUGCUUAUAGAAUGUGUAGUUAUCUGAUAAAUAAGUUAAGACUAUUGUUAUGUGUUACAAUUUUGGUUAAAUCCAAGCUUCAGUUAUUUUCA